UGGAGAAUAUGAAUAUCGCUUAUUAUAAUUACCAUAAUAGCAAUGCUGGUUCUAGCUCUGCUCACAGCCCUGAUGAGUACAAUGAGACUGAGCGACGGUUCUAUGUUAAACCGCUCUACGUCAUCGCUAUAACCGACGGUGCGUUUACGGAUGAUGCAGUCAAGGAGCUUGUCCGUGCGGGUAAGCGGUUGGAUAGAUGUCGUGCUGUGCCGUGGCAGCUGUAUGUGCAGUUUCUGCAAGUUGGGCAGGAUGAAGGUGCCAGGGUGUUUCUGGAGGUAUUGGAGGGGGAUUUGAAGCGGGAGCGCGAGCGGGAGGGGAUUGGAAGGGAGAUGGUUGUCUUCCCGGGCAAGGGGAUGGAAUAUAAUUACAGGUAUGGGGGACUGAGUGCAGAGGGGGUGUUGAGGGAUGUUGUGAGGGCUACUAGUAGUUGGGUUUGAUUGAUUGAUUGAUUGAUUGAUUGCCUGUGUACACAGCUAGUUACAGGAUUCUACUUCGUCAUAAUAAAUUU